CCUCAACUUUGACUGGCCAGCUUUGCCUUUAUAGGUUGGCUUUGUUUCUUCGAUCUGGCGCCACUUGGGAAAGCCAGAUGAAGCAAAGCGGUGCAAUUUCAGCCUUGUCAGCUUGGCAUUGUGCAGCAUGAUGUUCCUGAGCUUCUGCUCGGCUGGAUGAGCGUACUUAUCCCAUGUAGAUCGGCCUCAUUCAUAUCGAACCAAACUCACCACCGAAGCAGCUGGAUACCUGGCCAGUGGCGAUGGCCGCCAGCUUCUGGGAAUCGACGCAACGGCGGUUCUGGAUAUUCUCCAAGGAGCAACUGGCGGAACUGCGUGAGAAGCUCGAGGAUGACGAACACAAUCUUGUCCAGAUGUUUCCUCUUCCUGAAUGGAGACACUUGAGCAUCUACUUCAACCAGCAGAUGAACCGACUAGGCAAGAGACUCAGCAUGCGCCAGCAGGCAAUUGCUACUGCCCAACUCUACAUCAAAAGGUUCUAUACCAAAGUCGAAAUCCGCAGAACGAAUCCAUACCUGGUCAUCGCCACUGCUUUGUACUUGGCCUGCAAGAUGGAGGAGUGCCCGCAACACAUUAGGCUUGUCGUUACGGAAGCACGCUCUCUGUGGCCCGACCUCCUCAGUGUGGACGUCUCGAGACUCGGCGAAUGCGAAUUCUUCCUCAUCUCGGAGAUGAACUCCCAGCUCAUCAUCCACCAGCCGUAUCGAACAUUAGCUAGCCUCCAAGCCGAUUUCUCCCUCUCUCAAGACGAGGUCAACCUCUCUUGGUCCGUCAUCAACGACCAUUACAUGACCGACCUCCCACUCCUAUAUCCUCCCCACAUUAUAGCCCUCACGGCCAUCUUGCUCUCCCUGGUGCUGAGAGUGACGCCGUCUGCAGGGAAUCCAGGUGCAAACAUGGCAGCAGCAUCGGCAGCGCUUGCGCAUGUACAAGCAGGAAGAGGGCUGGCCAGUGGUCAAACUACGCCGGGUGGAGCACCUGAUAAGGACAAGCGGCAGGAAGACAGAGUUGGGAAAGUUCAACGGUUUGCGGCGUUCCUGGCCGAAAGCAACGUCGACAUUGAGGCUAUGGUCGACUGCACGCAGGAGCUGAUAUCCUUCUACGAGUGCCACGAACAGUACAACGAUAAGGCGACUCGAGACCAAAUCAAUCGGUUUGUUAAAGCUCGUGGUCUGGAUAAGGCAUAGGGGGACAGAGUGCAUUCGUAGAAUGGUUGCUGUCGAAUAAUAAUAAAUAUUAAAUACGCCGUAGGUGUUAACCCUCGGUACCUCUACAAGUACUCCCUUAAGGGGCUAUAGAUGAUAUAGCGGGCCCU